UUAUUUUGACUUCUUUGGCGAUAAAAUUGUUAACUACUAUGACUAAUCAAAAAGAUAGCCUCCGUUGUUGAUAACAGUAUUUUCCCUCUCUUAGUUGAAAACUGGUUUCAAAGUUUGACAGUGAAAAUUAUAUUUCUAUGAUAAAAUUUCAGUAUGUCUGCCAAAGAGGAAAAUAAGAUUUACAAUGAAGCAUACAGUGGAAACUUUGAAUAUGUUAAAGUAAAAGUUGAUGAAGAUAAAACUCUAAUUUCUUCACAAGAUUCGAAUGGCCGCACACUAUUACAUUGGGCUGCUUUAAGUGGAAAAGUUGAGCUUGUUCAAUAUCUUUUGGAUGGGGGUAGUCCAGUCAAUGCUGUGGAUGAUAUAGGAAUGACACCAUUGAUAUUGGCUGCUUCUGCUGGGAAAGUUCAAGCAUGCCAUCUGCUUAUUUCAAAGGGUGCUAAUGUAAAUGCAAAAAAUGAUGAAGGCCAUUCUGCACUCCAAUAUUCUGCAUCGAAAGGCUGGAAUGAUAUUGUUAAAAUGCUAUUGAUUAACCAUGCUGAUAUAAAUAUAGCAGACAAGAGAGGAGCCAGACCACUACAUAGAGCUGCAUCUCAAGGUAAUACUGCUGUGCUCAAAAUCCUUCUCGAUUUUGGGAAUCAACUUAAUAUUGAUGCAGUUGAUGCUUAUGGAAACACUGCUUUACACACUGGCCGUUCCGUAUCUGUGCCUGUCAAAGUUUGGCCUUAUCGUUAUUCUGUCACUGCCCAGGCUAGUUUCUCUGUACCUUUACCUGUCACAGAUGGACUUUACCGGCACUCUGUCACUGGCACAGUCAGAACGGAGCAGUGGGGCUGCGCCACUGUUCCACAGCUAUUGCAUUUGUCCUGUGAGGAAGAUCGGCAGGAGGAAUCUAAAUUGCUAAUAAGCCAUGGUGCAAAACUGGAUAUAAAGAAUAAAGAAGGUCAGACUGCUUUUGACUUGGCUCCCUCAGCACUAAGGACCAAAUUAUUGCAGUUGGUCUGAUUUAUCAAUCAUUACUAUAUCUGAUAUAUAUUUAUAAACAUUUUUUUUUUUUUUACUCAUAUUUAUAAACUUAUUUUAAUAACCUCUUAUGAUGUUUUGUAUUUUUAUUUAAAACCCUCCUCUCCUAUGUAUAUUAAUGUCCAUAAAAAGUAUUAAACCCAGAAACUAAUAUUAAUCCUAUCAG